AUGGGUGGAUUUGCCCUUCAAGAAGCGUCCAGGGAAUAUGGCAUGAAGAAAGAUAAACCAAGGAAGAAACGCUCUGUAAAUUCUGGAUCUUUAGCUUUGGAAAACCUAAUGAUGAAGAACGAUACAAGAACCAAUUCUUCAAGAAAGAAGCAUGUGCCUCGGUUCACUCAUUCUUGCCCUUCACAUGCUCAGAAGAGUAAAGCUUCCAAAAAAAGGCAUGAAAAAACUGUAAGGGAAGACAGAAGAGUGGGAAAGAAACAUACUAAACAGAACAAUUAUAGAUUGCAAGAACUUCAAUCAUCCCAGAACAAGUUCUCAGGCAGCCAUAAAGUGAAGGACAAGAGAGGGAGUGGACAAAAGGGUUCAUACGCUAAUCAGCCUGUCUCAUUUGUAUCAAGUGGCAUGAUCCAUUCCGAGAGUGUACCUGUUACAGUUGUUGAGGCUGAAGAGACUUAUAGGAAGGGUGUCACUAACUCUGCUAAUAUAGGAUCAUUUGAAGAACAUACUACUGGUUUUGGUUCAAAAAUAAUGGCUAAAAUGGGGUACAUGGAGGGAGGAGGACUGGGGAAAAAUGGUCAUCCCAUAUUAAAUCUAAAUUACAAGGCAGAAUCAUAAGGUUUAAGGCAACACACAGUACAAUUAUAUACAAACACA